CACUUUUUCUACAUUUCCAACAAAGGGUUUUCAUGUGGAUGAGGACUCCACAGUGCGCGUUUGCUGGCACUUCUGCUCAGGUGUAACUCGCUCUCCAGGCUUCAGUCCAGAACCACACCCUCCAUUUUGGAGACAGUCAGCCUGUUUACUUUCAUUUCCUGGGAAAUCUCUCCUUGUAGUCGUAAUGGCAGAAGCUACGAUUUCCCUGUCUCGGGAUCAAUUUACAUGCUCAAUGUGCUUGGAGAUCCUCAAAGACCCUAUCUCGAUCCCAUGUGGCCACAACUACUGCAUGCUCUGCAUUAAAGACUACUGGGAUCAGGCAGUGGAGUACAGCUGCCCUCAGUGCAGAGAGAUCUUUCCCUCGAGGCCCGUUCUUCGCAGGAAUACCAUGCUAGUGGAAGUGGUGGAAAAAGUGAAGAUAUCCGACACGUCUGUUGCACCCCCUCAGUGCUAUGCAGAACCUGGAGACGUGGAGUGUGAUUUCUGCAUUGGAAGAAAGUUCAGGGCUGUGAAGUCUUGUCUAACCUGCUUAGCCUCCUUCUGUGAGACUCAUGUGCAGCCCCACUAUGAAGGAGCAAUUUGGAAGGACCACAGGCUGGUCACACCGACGGCGGGUCUGCCGCAGAACCUCUGUACCAAGCAUGGGAAGGCCAUGGAGGUGUUUUGCAAAACCGACGAGGUGUGCAUCUGCUGUUUAUGUGGGGCGACGGAGCACAGAAGUCAUGAGACUGUCACGUCUGAAGCUGGAAGGGCAGAAAAACAGGCGCAGAUGGGAACAGCUCUAGCAGUGAUACAGGCAACCGUUCAGAAGAGGCAGAAGAAGCUGAAGGAGCUGAGGCAGUCUGUAAACUUGCUAAAGAGAUAUACAGACUGUGAAGUACAAGAAUGUGAGAGGAUAUUUGGUGAUUUGAUCCGCACCAUUGAAGAAACCAGCAAAAAAGUGACAGAGCUGAUUAGAAAUCAGGAGAGGAGUGAAAUGGAAAGAGCUGAAGGAGCCAUGAAGCGCCUCGAGAGAGAGAUUGAGGACCUGAAGAAAAGAGACCUAAGACUGAGAGAACUUUCCAAGACUGAAGACAACAUCUAUUUUCUUCAGACAUUCCAGUCUCUCUGUGUUUCUUCUGGAGAUGGAGACUUCCUCGACUUCACGGUAAGCAUGAUCUCUAGGGACGAACUACAGAAAGAGCUGACUGAGCUGAAGCAGCAACUGGAAGGUAUUAGCAAGUGGCAGCUAAUGAAAGUCACCCGGGCAGUAAGCGAGUCUCCAGUUUACAUCUUUACGCCUCAAGAGUCGAGAAACAGACAAGAUUUUUUAAAAUAUGCUUGUCAGCUCACGCUGGACUCCAACACAGCCCACCAGAAUCUCUGCCUGUCAGAAGACGGCCGAACGGCAACGGUGAUUGAAGAGCCCGAGUCAUGUCUUUACCACCCUGACAGAUUUGAAUCCUGCUGGCAAGUUUUCUGUACUGAAGCUCUGUUUCACACUUGCUGUUAUUGGGAGGUGCAGUGGAGUGGGGGGGCUGUUGAAAUUGGAGUUGCGUAUAAAACAAUCAGCAGGACAGGCGAGGAUAAUAACUGCAGUCUCGGCAGCAAUCCACUCUCCUGGAGUCUACAAAGCUCGUUCUUGUCUCUUUCUGGCUAUUAUGCCCGUCAUAAUAAUAAGAAUGUAAAAAUAAGUGCCCCCCACUGCCCCAGAAUAGGAGUCUAUCUGGACUGGUCUGCUGGCACCCUGUCAUUUUAUAGUAUUUCAAAAACAAUGACCCUGUUGCACCGGUUUCAGACCACAUUUACUGAGCCGCUCUAUCCUGCAUUUAGGCUUUACACUUUAAGUUCCAGUGUGGCCAUCUGCCCGGUCCUGACUGUUGACUCGCAGGCUGUCCACACCACUCUAUUUACUGAGUCUUACGGAACUGCUGUUUCUUCUUCAUCACCAGUGAGACAAGUUUCACUUGUUCAAAGCUCCACCUCGUAUUGGAUUUCAGACUUUCACUUUCAUUUACUAAGAAGUCACUUCUGUUUCUGUCUUCACAAAGGCAUAAUGGCAGAAGGUAACUCAUCAGCUGUUCAGGAGUCACUUACCUGCUCAAUAUGUCUGGAUACCUUGAAGGACCCCGUCUCCAUCCCGUGUGGACACAAUUAUUGUAAGGAGUGCCUUAGUAACUUCUGGGAUCAGGCAGACAGCUGCAGCUGUCCUCAGUGCAGGGAAACCUUCAAUCCAAGGCCUGUUCUGCAGAAAAACACCCAGAUGGAGGAAAUUAUCGAAAGAUUAAUGAAUCAACAGAUUGAAUCACCUCCACACGUUUCCCUCCAUGAGGCUCAUAUUGAAGCUCCUGAAAAGAAUCACAACCUGAUCCCUCCAGCUCCAGUUGGAAGCCAACCGAUGAAUCUUUGCAACCAGCAUGAGAAAGCUUUGGGAUCUUCCUGCAGAACUGAGCCGGAAUGCAUCUGCUCUGGUGGACACAAAGGCUGUGAGAUAGAAGAGCCUGAGACUGAAAGAGCUGAGAAACAGCUUCAGAUGGAGAAGAGCCUGACAGAAAUCCAGAAGAGAAUAGAAGAGAGCGAGAGGAAGCUGAAGGAAAUGAGACAGACUGUCAGCACAAUUAAGAUAUCUGCAGAAAAGGAAGUUCAGGAAAACGAGAAGGUCUUCAAUGGCUUGAUUCAUUCCAUUGAGGAAGCCCACAAGAAAGAAACAGAGCGAAUUAAGGCGCAAGAAAAAAUCAAAGUGGAAGAAGUUGAAAGAGUCAUGGAGAAACUGGAGAAGGAGAUCGAAGAGCUUAAAAGGAGAAAUGCUGAGAUGACUGAGCUUCUACAGACUGGUGACCACAUCCACUUCCUGCAGGCUUUCUCGUCACUCUGUUUCUCUCCUGAAGAAGACAUCCCUGUCAUGACAAAACUCUCUUCAGAGAACCUAAGGAAGAGAUUGAAUCAGCUAAAAAAUCAAGUGGACGAAAUGAACAUGUGGGAUACGCAGAAAAUCACUACUGAAGUAAAUAAAGCUCAACUGUCCAUCCUGCAAUCGCCCACUCCUGACAUCAGAGAGGAGUUUCUGCAGUACUCCUGUCAUCUAACAUUGAACCCCAACACUGCCAACAAACACUUGCAUCUGUCUGAAGAGAACAAGAAGGUGGUAUGGAUGAGGGAGAAUAAUUUAUUUUCAGAUCACCCAGAGAGAUUUGACUCGUUUGAACAAGUUCUCUGCAGAGAGGGCCUUUCCGGGGGCCGCUUUUACUGGGAAGUGAUAUGGAGUGGAAGAGAAGCAGAGAUUGGAGUCACGUAUAAAGGAAUAAGCAGGAAAGGAGAUGGUGACAAGUGUCUGCUCGGGUACAACGACAAGUCCUGGUGUUUGUUCUGUUACAAUUACACCUACUGUGUGCAACACAAGGACGAAAGAAUUAAAAUUACAUCCCCCUGCUGUUCCAGGAUAGGCAUCUAUCUCGACCAUCCCGCUGGCUUGCUCUCAUUUUAUAGCAUCUCGGACACACUCACCCUCCUGCACAGCUUUCAGACAACCUUCACCGAGCCACUCUACCCAGGGUUCGGUCUUUAUUUUGUUGAUUCUAGCAUCGCCAUCUGCUCACUCACCUCACAGAAGAACCAUGGCGUGAAAAAUAAAAAACGGAAAUUUAGUGAAAGCAUAAAUUUUGAUGUGUAAA